GUUCCCAAGCCAGUUCUUGCUUCUCCGCCGUCGCGUCCGUCAGACGACACGUCGAUCGCCGCUCCGAUUUCACCGACGUACCGUUUGGUCGUCCGUUGCAUUAUUAUUAUUAUUAUUAUUAUUAUUAUUAGAAGUAGUAUUUUUUGAUUUUGGUAUUUAUUUUUUCGAAAAAAUAUUAUUAUUGUGUAAGUUCGCUCGUUACGUCUUUUUUAAUUUUUUUUUUUUAGUGCGUUUUUUUUCUGGUUUUUAUUAAUUUUUACUACCGCAUACACAUUACAUAUCAGUAUCUGCCGUAGCCGUCGUCAAAAGUGUAUUCCUAAAAUAUAUCACACCGUCCCGGCGAAACGAUUUAACAUUAUGAAUCUGUUGCGGUGGUGUACGUGCCGCCGGCCCGCACUUUACGCACCUUACCGGCGCGGCUGACAGUGACACUUGUGGAUACCACACUCGCUGACUUAACGGCUGAUUUUCAUUGCUGAUUUUUUUUUUUGGAAUUUGUUUCGUCUUCGUCGCGGAAAACAUAUUUGUGUCGCCACAUCAACUCUGCCCGUGACCCAGCCGCCGCCACCAAGUCAAAAUGCCGAAGAUAUUCCUCAUCAAAAAUCGGUUGCACCAGCAGCAACAGAAACUGCUGGAAAACCAAAAGGGAAACGCGCACGUUUCCUCCGACCCGCUGGUACAGUCGCUGCAAAAUUAUCACAACGAUCAUCACCAUGACCGGCUACCGUCACCUCCUCCGCCGUUCAUAAAGCACCACUAUCAGCACCAUCACCAACCUGCUCCGCCACCACCGCCUCCUGCACCAAUAAGGCAGCAUCUGCCGCCUCCACCACCGCCACCGCCGCCGCCAAAGCAGCAGCCGCAGUCCAAAGUCGUCCAAGAGUCACCGGUGCCGAAAACCCCACAAGAGAAAAAUGUCAACAAGAAAGAUCCACUGCAGGACGACGAUGAAGAGGUCGACCGAGUAAAUUGUUUGGAGCGAGAAUCACGAAAUAGAGCAGAGUCUCCAAACCACCGAGUUAGUCCAAAGGUGUCGAUUGAGACUCCUGCGCCGAUCAUAUGUCCACCAUCGCCUGACUGGAACCCACCGCCAAAAAGGCGAUUCAUAUCCACGUCAGAUGGCGAUAAUAUACCAUACGGUAGUAAAGAUAGCUUGCAGGUCACCCAUCGGCAAUGUGAACCACCCCCUAUCAAAGUCGAAGAGGAAGCUGUGGCUAGCCCGGAGGCUGAACCGAAGUUGCCCCCACCACCACCACCACCAGCACCAAAAUGUCAUCAGGUGUCCGUCAUACAGAGAACACCGGCAGCCGUCAAAUCACCAUCUAUCUGCCAGAAAAAAACAGUUACACAGUCUCCGAGCACUGUCCAAGAACCCGAACAAGACGCACCAAUCGAUUAUCAUGUGCCCAAAAAGGAAGAAGAUUUGGAAUUGGACAUUGUUCGAGCCAUCAAAAACAAAUUCACUAUUACGCUACGAGGACAGUUAGUUUCAGCACCAAAUGGUAUUAUCACUGCCGCUGCCGGUCGUGGAAGGAGCAGUGGUGGUCAACAAGGUGGAGGCGGUGGGGGAGGUACAAACGGAGGUAGUACCAACUCUAGUUCAAACCGCGGUUCGUCAUUGCAUUCGUACACACUCGGUGGUGGCGGAGGCGGUGGUCCCACCGGCCUUUUGGGCAGUGGAGGCGGGGGAGGUGGCAUGGCCCCAGGUGGUGGAGGCAUGAACCCCGGCGGCAACGGCAAGCAUUUCGGCGGACCAAACAGUCCUGUGUCGCUGCCGCCCUUUCACGAGAGCCUCAUAAAAUCGGGUGGCAAUUGCUACUCCGCCCAGUACAACAAUCAAUAUCAUUUGAUGAUGACCGAACAAUUGUGUUUCAAUAACAACGACACAGGUCAAAAUCCUGUGGCUGGUGGUGGUGGCCCUUUCUCCAUUGGAUUGGAAGGUCCACCGAAACAAUAUUCAAUGUUACAAAAUGCUUCAUCGUUAGGCAUAGACAUUAAAGAGGACGACUGCGAAGAUCUGUCAAGCUACGUAAAAGAAACAAACGGUUUCGACACAUUGAUGGCUGAUUCUGAAAAUGGCACAUCCAACGAUCCUUUGCAGUUCACUGCUACUCUUACUUUCGCAGGCCCUACGGACCCCGACUUCUUAGACAGCCUCAACGACGCCGCUGAAUUGUUCUUCAAAGAGCCCCAAGAGUGCAUUCCUCCUUCACUCGUCGAACAACCUCUACAUAUGUUUAAUGAACAUAGAAACGGGUUUUCCGAGUCACAAUCGGAGAAGCGCAAUUAUCUACAGCAGCAGGUGAACAACAACAAUAACGGACAGCCAGUACCAUGUAGAAAUAGCUAUGGAAGUUAUGAUAUAUCAAAAGACAGAUUAUCACAAAGCAGUUUUGAAGACUCCAACCAACAACUGCAACAGUUACAAAUACAAGUGCAAUUACAACAACCACAAAACGUAGACGCUUGUGGACAGAUGAUGUUGUCACCGGGUUUAUCGUCGUUAGAGAUGGACUCAAAUACCAGCAUGUCGGCACCAUCACCUGCUAGCGUCAGUAUGGAUGGUACAAUGUCCUCACUUACGCCACCGCCUCAAAAUGGCAAAGAUUCCAGUAAUUCCGCUUUGGAUGUCAGAGUACUGCAACAUAGGGUGAGAAAGACCACCCCACCCGUAGGGAAACCUCAAUAUUCUUCUUUCUCCAGUAAAUCGAUGGCAAAACUCGGCCUUCCUAAUGACUUGCCAUUCGAGUUUGUUAACGGUGGCCACGGCAUUAAGAACCCAUUAGCCAAUCACGACACUCUACCACCACCACCACCACCAUCAAUGCUAAUUAGAACACCAGAGCCAGAGAGGAGCAAUACUUCAGUAGCUCCAGCAACUAUCGUAUCAAUAAAUACUACUCCCGAACCAGUCGAAACAACCAAAAACGGUUCAAAGUUCUGUUGCAACCUGUGUUCCAAGACAUUCAACCUACAGCGUUUGUUAAACAGACACAUGAAAUGUCACAGUGACGUCAAACGAUACCUUUGUACGUUCUGCGGAAAGGGUUUCAAUGAUACGUUUGACUUGAAACGACACACUAGAACACAUACUGGUGUCCGUCCUUACAAGUGCAAUCUGUGUGAGAAAUCGUUCACCCAACGUUGUUCACUUGAAUCUCACUGCUUGAAAGUGCACGGUGUACAUCAUCAAUAUGCUUACAAAGAGAGAAGGACAAAGAUGUACGUUUGUGAAGAAUGUGGACACACCACCAAUGAACCUGAAGUUCACUACAUUCAUCUCAAAGAGAAACACCCGUACAGUCCGGCGCUGCUCAAGUUCUAUGACAAGAGACACUUCAAGUUCACAAACUCAAACUUUGCCAACAUGUUGCUUCAAGUACGCACCUAAUAUUGGGCUGAUUGCAAUCAUAUUGCUAGACUGACCAAAAUGUUAAUCUAUUUUAACAAAUAAUUUUAAUUACUUACACUACGUAGAACUUAAUUUUUUUAAUAACAUUUAUGCUGUAUCAUUGUCGUUCAGGAAAAAAAAUUAGGUAAUAAUUCGGAGUAGAAAAUAUCCCCGCUUAAAUAUCUCUUACCAUUUUGUAACGUCUCAAUUGAAAAAUAUUUUUGUAUUACAAUUUAAAACCCAUUUUACCGAUUUGACUCUAUAUAGUAUUUUAAGUUUUUAAGUAAGCCUCUCAGUUAUUAUUAUGGUUGGCCAAUAUAUAAUGUAUGGUUCUAAGCACAAAAAUCUUUGAAAAUCCGCACUAAUUUUAUGUCAGGGUCUCUGUACUUUUUUCGAUUUUAACUAUGCUUUGUGGAUAUGGGUGUUCGUAGAUAAACCUAUGAAAUUGAAAUACGAAUUGAAUAAUAAUAACAAUACUAGAAGCACUUAUAGUAUAACUAUACUGUUCUUUAUUAUACAAUUGAGAGUAUUUUAUACAACGGUUCAAUUCCAUAAUAAAUUAUUUUUAGGUAUAAUAUUAUUAUUGUUAAUUAUACCUUUAUAAUUAUAAACAUAAAUUAAUAUGGAAACUUUUUGGUUAUCUUAAACUCCAAAUCCACAAGACUGUUAUAAUCGACUACUAUUGUACGGGUAGAAACUGAGACAUAUUUGUUAGUUGUUAGUGCUAAUUUUCAAAACACACAAUAUAAUCUUUAAUAUUUCAUAUUUUUCCUGAAAAACUGUUUUAAUUUAUGAAAAAAGUAUAAAAAUAUUGGCCUAAGUUUAGCCUGACAUAAUUGUUAUGUGGAUUAUAUUGAUUGGUGUAAACACCAUUUCUUCGAUUGUGUUCGAAUAUAUUAAAAAUUAUUUCUGUAGCAAGGAAUAGAUAACAUCUAAUAGUUAAUUUUUGGGCGUAAUUCAAUUAUACGAGUAAAUGUGGGAAAAUUAAAUUGUAUUUUAAAGAUUUGUUCUUAAUUUUAAACCGUACCAAUUUAACAAAAAAAUUAAUUAAUUACCAACAUUUUAAAAUUAAUUUUAGAGGUUUUUAAGCGAAUUCUUUCAAUAAUAAUUAUUAACUAAUGGUCAUUGCAAUCACUUCGCUUUAACAAUUGUAUGCUUUGUGGUAUUUUUAAGCAGUGCAAAACGUAGAUAGUGUAAGUCUCAGAAAAAUUACUAACCAAAUAUUCAAUUUUUUAUACAAAAUGUAUAAUAAAAGUGCAUGGGCGGAUGUUCGGUUACAUUGUGGAUGGCUUGAAAUGUUUACUUAACAUAGAACCACAGAGAAGUUUCAAUUUAUUGGACUUUAUGAGUGGGUUUAACUAAUUUUAGUGGGCUUAGCCUCCGUACCCAAGUCGUUACCAAUAUCCGCCGGUAAUAAUGGUGAUGGUAAUUUGGUAGUUAUAAGAUGUACCUAUGUAUGAUCUACUGCGGUUAAAUACAAAUUUACUACCCCUAUUCAUAUAUUUAUGGACAAAGGUUCAUAGAUAAAAUAAUACAUUUUCUCAAAAUAAGAUGAAUAUGAUUUCAGCAUCAUUAAGGAAUAAUCCAAUCAUUCAGCCACAGUCGUAAACCAUACCGUUUAAAAUGACGGAAAAGCUGUUAUUUUCUUUAAUCUAUGUUAGAGGAAUAGUUGGGAGACUAAAAUGUCCAACAAGUUCAAACAAAUUUAAGUACCAUUUCCAUCCGGAUCCAUAUCUAAAAAUUUGAAAUUCUGAGUGAUGAGAUGUACAAUUUUUUUUUAUCAGAAAGAUGACUAAUAAUACAAUUUCAGUACCUACCUUCUUAAAUAUUAGGUAUUGGGUAAUAUAUUUUUCAAAAAUAUAAUCAUUACAAAGUGGGGCAAAGCCCCUUAGCCAGAUCUGGACCCACGCCUGUUCCUACCAAAUUUCUAUCAAAAGUAUUUAUCUACUUAGCUAAGACCUUCGAUUAAGUACAAGUACCUUAUACUUAACUAUUAACAUAUAGUUAAAAAUAUUCCUGUAUUUUAAUAACAUAGUUUUUUUUUCCAAAUAAUGUUUGUUUUUUUGAUACACAAUAUUAUAAAAUAUAGUGUGUAGUUUUCGAUUGAAACAUUAUUGUGUUGAAGUUAACGCACCUUCAUACAUAUCGUCCAGUGACCUUUUGGUCGGGCCUUACUCUGCUCCACCGCCGAUCUAAUUGUAGGACCAAUCACUCAUUACGAAAAAUGGGUCAACCCAUAAAAGAGACUUUUAAAUUGUUUGGUUUACGCACCAUGGUAUUCAUAAUUUCUUUUUUUGCUCCCCUCUGACUUUUAUUAAACUAAAGCCGUAUACGCUUUUGCAUGAAAAUAUUAUCACAUAUUAUUCAACAAUACCUAAUAUUAUAAGUUUGUAUAUUAUAGUGACAUUUUGUUUAUGCAGUAUUAAGUUAAAGCACCGGCCAGUACAGGUAUAUCUGUCCCCCAAGCUUUAAGAUCUUCGCCAAAAUUAAACUUUCCCAUUUAAACUAUUAGGUACACCAAAUGACAUACUUAUCUGUAGUUAUAAAUUACAUAGUUUUGCAAAACAACGUUGUGACCAAUAACUGGUUUUCACUUUUACCUAUUACGUCCACUAACAAAAUUUAAUUUUCUAUAGAGCCCAAAAGAGUUUUGAAAAAUUUAAAUGCAUUAAGACAUUCAAUACUUAAGUUACUAAAACUAUAGUAGGUAACUUCAAUUUAAGUUCUACGUAAUUUACAUAUUAUACUCUGAAUAUAUUUUAGCGUUCCACUUGAACAUUUUCGGAGUCAUUUAACAUUUCGGCGGUAAUAUGCCUUGCUGGUCGGUUUGAUGUACGAGAAUGUGGUUAAAGUGUAUAAGUGUUAAAGUAUCUGUAUAAUAUUUGUCAAUUUCACCAAGAGUGCUUGGGGGUAAAGAGUUCAAAUCAUUAUAUUGUAUUAUAACAAAGUUACGAUAAACCUUAUUAAUGGCAUAUUUUGUGAGUAUAAGUCAUAUUAUUCGGAUCAGUAUAGGCUACAGUAGUCGUGACAGUCGUUCCAUCUGUGAUUUUUAUAGUUUAUUAUUAUUCAAAGAUUUAUUUUUAUUUAUUCAUACAGCAUUUCAAAGAAAUAGAUACUAACAUUUAACUUAAUAUGGACAGAGAUAUUAGUGAUAUUUUGAUUUAAAAAAACGAGAUGGAACUAUUACCACUCAUGUAGUCAUGUCCAGUCCUUUUAAAUAUUUAUCGGAAGUGUGUUGAAAGUUGUUUUUGAAUGAGAGUAUAGUAUAUGUAAUUCAGGCUCGACACAUCGUUCAGUCGUUGAUAUUGUUGUUUUCUAAUAGAAAUGUUGAUAUUACAUUAUAAUAUAACAUUGUGUUGUUUGGAUUUUGUAAAUAAUCAUUACUAUAUUGUUAAAUGUAGUUUUAAUUUUAGAGUUAAGUAGUAUUUAUUAGACACACACUCACAUGCGCACUCACAUAUUUAUACCUAAAUAAUAUACACGUUUACUACCUAUGUAUAUUGUGCUUAGUUUAUAAUGUUAGUUUUAAGUAAUUAUUAGGUACAAAGGUGAAACAGAUCAGCUUAGUGAUUUGUAUUAUUAUUUAUUAACAGUAAUAAUUAUGAUCGUUCAUAUAAUAAGGUACCUAUACCUAUAUUUAUGUAAUUAUCAUAAUGUUACUACAACGGGUGAUUUAGGCAAUUAUUAUUUUUUUUAAUAUAAUUUUUUUUACUUUUAUAACCAAUGACAGUUCUAAUACCUACAGUAUUACUCCUAUCCAAACGUCUGUGUUUCGAAAUUUUCGUAUGUUUCGGAUAUUAUUUUGAUGUAUCGGAGUGCGGCGCCUAUAAUAAUACGGUCUUUGGUUGCCUCAUUAUAUGGAAUCCAAUGUUCCGGAAGGUCGACUGUAUUACGUUAAAUGCACAUAGUAUAUAUUAUUUGAUACAUUUUGUACAUACAUUUAUUGUAAAACAAUAAGCGAACGCAUUUAGGUACCUACCUAUACUAUUACAGUGGUUUUAAUUUCUGAUAGUGGAAUUCCUAGUUACACAGAUUUAAUUAUAAACGAAACAAAGCCUGUAUAUACAUUUAUAAAGAAAAAAAAUACCUCAUACCACAGUCGUUUUGAGCAUAAAUAUCACCAUAAAUAUGGUGAGAUGCUGCGGGUCAAACCAUAAAUUAUAACUAUCGAGCACGAUAAGCUCCAUCCGAAAGAUGGCAUCACAUUAACCUGCGAAAGACCAAUAAAACACUGAUGUACAGGUCUAACGAUUAACGGCACUGCUUUUGGUAUAUGGGCUCUCAUUAGACAAUAAUAUAUGUUAUGAUAUAAAUAACGUGUAAAUAAAAUUAUAUAUAGAUGUUUUUUUAAACAUAUCGAUGAAUAGGAUUGUGUAGAGUAAUAUUAUGUAUAGUAUUUAAAAUAAAUCACUUUCGGGUCGGGUAGUGAUAUCCUAAAGUAUUUUUUUUUUACCUCAGUGGACGGAAAAUAAAUUAUUUAUAUAU